GUUUUAAUUUAAGGAGAAGAACAAGGAGUUUUAAGGACAAGUAUAGACUUCCAGAUAAUUUACCUGAUCCAGAUUUUGAAGGAUUAGUGGAAAGAAAAGUGGAAUUGCAGAGUGGAGGAAAGAGGGCUACGAUACGAUCUUGGAAGAAUUAUUAUAUGGUUUUAUAUGGACAGAUCCUAGUUUUCUACAAAGAUAAGGAGGCUGCCAUGGAGAAGAUUCCAGCGGCCCCACCUGUGUUCAUCCAUAAUGCGUUCUGUGACGUAGCCUCCGAUUACCAUAAGAAGAAGCACGUCCUCCGUCUUAAGAGCGCGGACGGAGCGGAAUCGUUACUGGAGGCAGCUUCUGCAUCUGACAUGAAGGAAUGGAUCAGCAAAAUCCAACAUUACGCAGUUCAAACACCAUCCCAUGCUGACCUGGAAUUUUUUCAUAGUUCUGAACAACCGCCUGAGGAUAGCGCGGUUGACGAUGGAGCACAAGCUGCUGAUGAGCACCAUGCAGCUGUCCUACAUAGAUCUUCAAGUCCAGAAGGUGAGAGGGGACGAAGUGUGUCUCCCAUGGCAGCACACCGGGAAUCUCAGGAAAUCCGUGAGGAGGAGAUGGACAGGAUUAUGGCCAGUAAACAUUGGUCCCCUGACAGGGGGUCAGCCAUCCCUCCUCAUGCCACAGGUGCGCAGAAUGACAGCGUGCAGCGAUCAGGCAGCUUCCAAGCUGAACAAAACACAACUCCAGUACGGCAACGGACAAGCAGUGGAGGCAGUCACCAUUCAUCAGGUGAAGAUGAGCAUGAUCUUUCACCUAUAUCAUCCCCACACAACGGGGGUCACAGAGGAAUGAAUGGAGAUGAGGAUCAGUUCACAGAUGACAUUAAGAAGAGGACUAAGGGUUCCCCUAAGAAGGAUCGUCCGAUGUCGGAGCCAGCGAUGAUGAUGGAGGAUCACGAUGGAGGAGACCACGAGAAGAAGAAAAAGGGACUCUUCAGUCGGUUCAAGAAAAAGAAGGACGGGGAUCAUGAGGAACACAAAAAACACAAGAAAGACAAAAAAGCAGAGGCUCAUUAACCCCACUGAUGGAGGAAACGGCCAUUUCAUUCAGUUCUGAACAAUGAAAGUCAAAGGUGUCCUAGGAUCAAAGGCUGAAAAAGCUGAAACGGAGCUCUGUGCUACUUACUGAAGGGAAAAAAUUAUUAUAAUAAUAAUUGUUCAAAGGCAUUUGCUAUGUUUAUAGGAAUUUGAGAUUUACAAGUAAUUGUUGCUGGAUCAUAUACCUCUUUAUUCUUUACUCUUAUGUAAAUAUUAGUUAUGAUGCAAGCCAAACAGACAAAGUAGAAUUGGUAACACAAGUCCAAACUAUACUUAACAUAAUCCAUCCAAGUGAUUUUGUCAGAGUUGCCAAUACAUUGUACUGGUUGCCAACUGUAAUAAUAUUUUCUGAGCUGUACACAACAUGACUAAACCUUUUGUUAACUAAGAUCUCGUAUAUGCUAUAUCUGUGAUUGUUGACGUAAAGGUAAAAUUGAUUCACUUAGUUGUUGAUCUUUGAUGGACCACAUAUAUUCCUUUGUUUAUGCUUUUUGUAUGUUUUAUAUAAAAAUAUAUACAUGUAUUUAAGAUGUCGUUUUGUAUGGGCAUAGAUAUGGCUUACAUAACAAGCUAUAUAUAUAUAUAUUCGACUUUCUGCAGCUAUACAUACAUUAUCAUUAUUGAUUCUCUAUAACCAGUGAUUAUUAUAAACAGUUUCAGUAAGUGUAUAUUUACUGUAAAGAAACUGGAGAUAUUUUAUGCAACCUAAAGUUUGUAGGCUAUUUCCAUAAUGAUUUAUAAUUCCAUUACAGUGUUUUGUAGAAUUAAAAAAGUUAUUGUAUAUUUUGAGAGUUUUAUGUUUAUGUUAAAUAGUUUGGUUGUAGUUUUCAAGACUGGUACUUUAUAUAAAAUUUAUACUUCAUUUCAUUUUUACUUCUGUUUUUCUUUAUAUACCCAGAAUAUAGUGCUUCCUUGCGUGGAAUUAUUGUUCAUGAGUACCAAGCUUUGUUAAGGUCAAUGCAAAGUUUUGCAAUUGAUUGUUUUUUUUUUCCUUUUAAUUUAGAAAUUUAUUAUUUAGACAAGAGAAAACUAGCAGCAAUAGAGUCUUGCUGAAAUUUAAAUAUUUUUUUGUCUCCACAUUUUAUCUAAGUGCUUCCUGUUUAUCCCACAUUGACUUCCAGAAAAAAAAACUCUGUCAGGUUUACACAGUUGUGAUAGCAAUUUAAAAUUUCUCUGAUCAAAAGAGAUGUGUCCACUACAUUUCCCUGUAAAAUAAGUGCAAUGAAAAGUAAAGAUCUGAUCUUCUCGUGCCCAUUUUUCUGACUACAGUCAUACUCAAAAUACUCGCCGUUUAUCUCUUGUUGUUUAAAAAUUUGACUUUAUUUGUGGGAAAUGCUUUGUUCAACUUUGUAAAUAUUAUAGCCAGGAGCAAUAAGGCUUAUAAGCAAUUUUCAUUGAUUGUAUUUACAAUGUAUCUUGGGGUGUAAAAAGUGGAAUCAUAUUGUAAAUAUUACUGAAGUGAAAGCAAUGUCUAAAGAGACAGUAAGUGUAUAUUAUAAAAAGGUUCAGAUUGUCUCAGUGGUUUAUGAGUUUGUUUUUAGAUAAGUCUAAGUGUUGCUUUUGAUUGUUUAAAAGCAGUACAGAAAAUCCUGUAUGAUACGGUUAAGAUUGCUAGAAAUUCUGAGGACAGUUCUUCUCAUGACAAAUGUUCAUCAAUAUUUGCUUCACUAGUGUAGAUGUGUAUCAUUGAUCACACUAACAUCAAUUAUUUUUAUUUUCGAGAUAUAUAUUGUAUUAAAAUUAUAAAUAUUUAUAUUAAAAUAAUGAACC